UUUACGAGUCAAUUUUGUUACCCACGGCUGCGCUCCCAAAAUAGUGUUGUAGGCAAGUUCUCUUAGUAACAUUUUCGGCAUGGGUCAUUCAUACAGUAAACAAACCUUAAACCAUAUUACAGAGGGCUGUUCCCUCACUUCCAUCUUAAGUACCAUCACUACCAUGUAAAUCGGUUUAUGCAACCAUUCGUGGGCUCGUUCAUACCCUAUAUCAGGAAGCGCAUAAUUAGUUCGGUUCAACAUGGCUUCUAGCUCUGUUAGUCAAGAUGACAUAGAACUUGACCAAGAAAUGACAACUCGUAGGUCAAGACUGCGAAUGGCGAGAGCUCGCAACUUCAACCCUACAAGAACUGCAGGUGGUGGAGGUGAUGAUGGAGAUGAUGCUGAUGCUGAGUCAGUGGUAGGAGCACCAUGGGUGACAGUUGGAGCUUUGCAGUCUGGCAGCCGUUCCACAGAGCAAGACAUCAGUCCCAAACCUCUGAAUCGGCUCAAAGAAAAAAGGGCAAGACCUGGAGCGAGUGCUAAGACUAAAGCACAGCCUCGUGACCGCCGCAAGCUGCGUGAGAAGAGGCGUAGCUGUGGUGUUGUGCAUGUGCCCUCAACUGAGUCAACAGGUGGCAGCUCAGGGGAGCAGGCAACUGGCGGGAGUCCAUCUGUGUCGCCAGAACGGCGUCCCCCUAGUGGGGGUCAGAUAACUGUGGGGUCCUCUCCCCCUCCCCAGCACCCUGCCUGGCAUGGUCGAGUCAAAUCCAGGAACAGAAGUGCGAGUGACUUAGAGGCUGACGAUGAGGACAAUGAGGAUUAUGACAGCCUCACAAUGAGUGGUAUUGCGCUGCCUCAGCUCCUGCCUGCUGCUACUGCACCUCCUCCUCACCACAGGAGCGUGCAACACGCGUCCAGCAGGGGAGAGCUGCAGCGUAUGCAGCGCAACUCUGCCUCUUCCCUGGACGUUGCUUCAGAGCUGGAGGCUACACGACAGGAGAACAAACGCCUGCUCCUUAUGCUGGCAGAACGGGACCAACGAAUAGCUCAACUGCAGCGGCUCGUUGCCUCUUGUUCUCCCCACACUGUCACUUGCCAACCACAGCCCACUACUUGCCCUACUCAACCCGCCACCUACCCUACUCAUCCCGCCUCCUACCCUACUCAUCCCGCCUCCUACCUUAUCCAACCCGCCACCGGCCAACCUCACAGUUCAACCAGCUCUGACCCCGCGAGUGCACUGAAUGCAGCGUUUGAGUCGCUAAUGACCGAGUGAGUGACUUGACCUGACUCAAAGAACUGCUUACACUUGAUGUUAAUAAAUAAGGCUAGACUUAUUUUGUUCAGCACCGCUCCUUAUUAUAUCAAUUCAGUGCUAACAGAUGUUCUAAAAAUGUGUAAAUUUUUUUUCUUCAGAAAAACAUCUUGCUGAGACUAUUGCCCUCUCAAUGUUUAUCUGACCAAUGAUGCAUUACUUUAUAGGACUUAUUUUUCUAUUCGAAGUGUAGCGGAUUAUGGAAUGGACGAUAUCAUGUGCAAUAUCUGCACUUGCUGAGACAAAUGAUCGCGCUUUUGCAAUAUGGAAGCCUUCAUUUAAGCUUCAGUUCAAAGCGGGGUUGAGAACAGAGCUAUGUUCUUUAAAGGAAACAGUUUUGAAAAUAUUUUUUAAAGAAAAUGGUUUUAUCUGCAGAAAAUACUUUAGUUCUAUAAGGUAAUUUGGUAUUUGUGAUAAGUAAUAUUAACUGCAGAGAAAUCCAUUUUUUUCAUUAUAGCUAUUUGCUCAAUUGAUUUUUGAUGGACCAAAGAUGACUAAUGUGGUUGUUACAAAUCUGGUUACUUGGAUUUUAUUCUAAUGAAAUUUUAUGAUAUAGUUGUUAGUGGAGUUGCUAUUUCCUUUUUAUUAAGAAUCCGUUAAGUUGUGUCUUGUAAAUGGAAUAUUCAGAAAAAGUGGUUACUCUUUUAGCGCCUGUAAUUCCGUUAGAUGUUCUGUUGUUAAAUUAAAGACAUGGUAAAAGUGUAAUUUCGUAAAAUAUCACAAGUCGGAUCAACGUGAGUAUUACGUCGUGAGCGUUAAGCUGUGAUAAGAUUUGAAACUUGAAUCUUGUAGUACCUUAAUUUUAGGAAGCCCAAAUGUGUUGUCUUCUAUAAUUUUGCGUCUAUCAAGGAAAAUGGCUCCGUAAAGCUGUUUUUAUUGAUAAGUAUUUGCUUUACAAGAAUUAUUUCAUCUCCAUAUUUCUACGAAUUAUGUGUAAAUGCACCUUCGUCAUGAGAACAUAUCGACUAAUUAUUUUUGAUCAUUACGCUUGUUAUAAAAUAUCGGCUCCAAAAUGAGCUCGCCUUUGUCAACCAAGCUCUGGGCACGAAGCUGGUCUAGUCUUUAGGUCUGAAUUUUCUUUUUGGCUGUACUUCUGUUAUUUAAUACCGUUCAUCUGAUGUUCGGUAUGGUGUUAAUUUAGUUCAUUGUUCUUCACUAAAUUUUUGGCAUGCAAUCUAAAAGUCCUGAACUGAGGUAGUCUUAAGUCGUGAUGAAUAACAAAUGAAAUCUAUGAUGUACGUGAUUCACUAGGACCAUAGGGCAUGCAGCUUUGAUUUAGUGCAAGACUGCAAGAUAUUCCAAAUUUUAUUUUCAAUUAUUUAUAAUGCGGUUUAGAUUUAAGUGGAUAUUUAAUAUAGUGCCGUCUAGUCAAUAUAUCCAGAGAAUUGAAUGUAUUCAAUGUUACUACUUAAGACACUCGGGAUCAGUUGAGCCUGUGCCUGGCA